AAAAAAAAAAAAACCCACGACGUCAUUGCGACGCACGUCCACACAUCCAGAGGUUGACAGAAGGAGGGAAUAUGCUGUGCGUGCAACAUAUGAUAUAUUGAGGAGCCUUUCUGUGUUUUUGAGGGGGGCUGGUCCACAUCCGCGCGGUGCUCCGAAGUGAUCGAUUCUGAUGUGCCGCAUAUGACUUGCCGGUCUCGGCUUGUCUCAUCCUCAUGGCCGCUGAUUGAACGCGUGUCAUGACUUGCGCCCUCCGAGACGGCACAGUUGCAAGCAAAGACGGCAUCAGUACAAUCUGCUAUCCGAACUCUCAACCAUCAAAUGAUCCUUUUUUUAAAGCGGGGUAGAGUACAUUUGGAGAAAGACGGAAGCAAAGAAAGAAAGAUCGCUGAAGAAUGGAGCGUCACUAUACAUAGAAGACGAAGGCGUUGGACUCACGAAGGGCACAUUUGUUUGGAAAAGAGGACAAUGGUGAAGAUUUCGGCGUAAAGAAGCGAGCGGAAUCCCAGAGGCGACACCAUGGUCGUCACCGAUAGAAACGCAGGCGGCGCUGUGUCCAAGAAGGAGCAACCCAAGGGGAAAAAGCGGCGAGCAUCCCGUCCUCACGGCCUACCCUCUCCGGCCCUGUGCUGCGCCUGCGGCCUUUGCAUCAUGCUGGCCGGACUCAACAUCACCCUGGUGGGAGUGUUCGCCUUCCGGACGCUGGUGCCUUCCGCCAACCCUUCCAUCAUCAUCGGACCCAUCCUGUUGCUGGUGGCCUUCUCCUUUUUUGGGGCUUGUUGCGUGUGCAGCCGCCUUCCUCCUCCUCACAGCUCGCGCGGGGCCAAGACGGGCGGGCGAGGCAUGAAACUGAUCGGGAACGGCGGGCUGGCAGGCGGGGCGGCGUUCGAGAUAGAGACCAGCGAGCAUACGCUGCAGGACACGACGGCCGUGCAGCUCAGCCCCACGUCCUCCCCCGCGUCGUCUCGGGGAUUGAGCCCGGAAAAAGAGGCUCCCGGUGCGUCCCUGCCUGGUCCCGCCAAACUCUUCACCAUGGACAACAACGGCUCUCCCGGUUCUAUUGGCGUGGUCUACUCUGCUGUCUCGGGAGGAGAGGUUCAGCUCAACCUGCCAAGAGAAGUGGCCGCCUCGCCGUAUACCUAACCUACUCGUUGACUGAGUGUUACUUCUUGUGUGACUAAGCACGGAGUACAGACACUGCCAUUUUUCACACUUUGGCCAAUUUUGAAACUGUCAGAGAACCCGCUCACGGCAAGGAAAAAUUCAGCGACGGUGUUGUAAACGCUCUUAUUGUGUAUGUCAAACAACAUAUCCAUAUUUCCUCUGACAAUUUUGAGUGCCCUCUUCCAAACAACCAAUGAAAAAAUACCAGCUGCGUCAGGUCAUUAACUAAUGCGCUCGUCACACAAAAACGCAGUCAUGUCACGUCCGCUGGUGCAGCGGAGAGUCUGGAUUUCCAUGCUAUAAAAACAAGGCUGUAUGGUUGACUUCCUGGUUUUCGUUCUUUCAAAUUUACAACGUCUCGGAGUAGGUUGUGUGCCAUCAUCUAGUGGUCAUGAAUACAAUUAUGGCCAGAGUACAUGUACUGAAGAUAAAGGGUGCCCAUUCCGUCGAUCGCAAUUGACCGGUAACUCGCGGAUUGGACCAAAGUCAUCACAGGAGCGUAGAGGAAAACAAACAAACAAACAAACAAACAAACAAACAAACAAACAAACAAACAGAAAUGUGUGUCCCAAUGCAUGUUAGUUAUAUAUAUAUAUUUGUGAUAUUGCACACUGCAUCCUACUCAUCCUAUCAGUCUCACUUUCACAAAAAGUAUUUUAAAACUGAAAUAAAAUAAAGCGGGUCAUCUUUAACUUUCGAUGGCGGGUGACCUUUUGCACCGGAAGUUAUUAGCGCUCAGUUGGUUGCAAUUGCAGCUUGCGAUCAGAGCUUUUGCGAUAUAGCUUUUAUUAUUGUUAUCAGUCAAAGUUUGUUUCGUGUAUAAUCCACCGAUGGCACUCGCAAAGAAUGACAAUCUGGAGCGCCGAGAGAAGCCUGUUACGUUACGAUAGUUUACGGGCUGCAAAAGUGCGUCGCAUGCCUCCCCGUCAAAUCUCCCACUAAGGUAGGCAGUGGUUUCCUUUUCACAAAGUCAUAAACUCUUGUGUCUAUUUUGCUAUUCCGCUCGUUUUAGGGGACAUUAUGGCUGUUGCACGUGUGCGGUAACGGGUCGAUCGCGGGACGUUGGUUCAUCGAAAAGUAGAUCUGAGGUCAAAAAUAUUUGGGGACCGACGCUUUAGAUCAGCACAACGGUUACAAACGGUUCCCCAAACAAUCUGAUAGGGCGACUUCCGGGUUUUCAUUCGUCUUGCAAUUUGACGGUCUCAGAGUCGGUCGUGUGCCGCCAUCUAGUGGUCAUGAAUAUAAUUGUCCAGAAUACGCACGUUUUAGAUCGACCUAAGAGUGUUAACAUACCCGACAACUCAGGUGGUUUAGCCAUAGUUCAUGCGGAUUUUGUGGUGAAUCUUACGUAUAUGGCCGUAUCGCACAAAUCAUACGAUUCUGAAAAUUUCCGUUUUUUUUUUUUACCAGCUCCAAAUGAUAUGGAGGUGGUGAAAAAAGUAACGCAGGAAUACAACUCUGUACACAGUAAUGCCACUAAGUAAAAUGAUGAUUAGACAUUAACCAGACAUUGUAUUAUGGAGAUCUACAUUAAAUAUCAUUGAAAAUUUCGUGUUUUUUUCUGCCGUUAUUUUGACAUAUAAAAUGUUUUGGUAUCUUAUAAGGAUUUUUUUGCUCUUUAUAAUGAUUUUUUUUUGGGUAGUUUAUACAGGUUGGCGCUACGAAAAGUUGAUAGGUAUGGAUUAAUUGAUCCACAAAAAUCUCAGAAAGAGCGGGACCGCAAACCCGCAUCCCGCAAUGGACAGGGAUUUACAGUUCACCCCCCCCCCCCCCCCCCCCCCCACCCUCUUUGCUUAUCUGUGUGACCCUAUACCAAUUGGCCCUCAGACCAGUACAAAAUGGCUACCGGACCACGGGAUCCAAAGGCUCAAGAGAAGUAGCAAUUUUGCGACUGGACCUCAUUAACUCAUUUAUUUAUUCCACUAUGUUUUUAUGAUUUUAUGUCCUGUUUUUAUAUAAUAUCUUGCUUACUAAUUUUUACAUUGUAUUUUCUUAUUGUCUGUACAGUGUCCUUGGGUGGCAUGAAAGGCACUUUUAAAUUAAAUGCAUUAUUAUUGUUUGCCUGAAAGGAAUGUUCAACUGCCACUCUGUGUCUCCGUUGACUCUAAGGAUUGGAAGUCAUAGGCUAGGAGUGACCUAGUCGAGUUGAAGUGCAUUAGCAAUGACACUUGCCAUUUGAAUACGUAUUGUGAUUGUUUGAAGGGCACACAUAAAACGGUGAACCGCGUUGUGUCUUUGUUCAUAUCCAUGGUAUAAACUGUGUAGACUGAUUUUUUUGUUCUUGAGUUAUAUUUAUAAAAUGGAAUGAUGACAGGCCUUAGUACCGAUGGCAUUAAUUUUUGCGGCAUUGUACUGCACGCCUUUUGACUUUUUGAGUCAAAACCUCAGCUUCUUUGCCUUGUUGUCACUGCCCAGAAACAUUCAAAAAGCCUGAAUUCUCAAGAAAGCAACGUUGCCUUAGAUUAUGCGAUAAGGAUCCAAUGAAAAGAGGGCUAGUUCUCAAGGCUGGUUCACAAAGCCAUUAUUUGGGAUGCCGUACGCUUUGCUUCACUCAAAAUCAACCUGCAUGCUGAAAAUGAAAUUGCUCCUUUCACAUGCAUAAAUCAGGUCACAGAGCAUCAUUGUCAUUUUGUCAUUUUGAUAGGAUCAUUUGAUUGUGUGUAUCUAAUGAACUGUCCAGUGGGUGCAUAUGGAGUUUUAGCCUUGUACAUACCAGCAUUCCCAGCGCUAUGAGCCACUAUUUGUCAUUCUAAAUAAAAGCCCCUGUUAAUGUUCUUGCAUGUUCACUUUUACGGAAAUGCGUGCAGCCUGUUUUUGUGAUUUAUGCUUGCCACUGCUUACAGUAAAAGUGCGUGUGUAUCUUUGACUUUGGGAACUUCUAAUAACAAACUGAUACAUGUUUUAGUGGUUGUACAUUUGUAAAUAAAAAGUAUUCGUGCA